GCCGCCUAGAGGUGCCCUUGCCGUACCGGAAGGGGAAGGAACUCGGGGGCGGACGCCCGCUCCCCUUGUGGGUGACUUCCGGCCUAGCCUGCUCCAGCCUCCGAGGCCGGAAUUAACCUUUUGUUCCAAAGCUAUGAGAAGAUCUUGAUCAAGACAACAAAGUCAGAAAACGGAGCAAGAUCUCCUUUCUGGGUGGAAACAACGCAAAGCAGGAAAGCAGCUCUUUUGCUCCCGAGGCUGAGUGUGUGUAGCUGGUUAUUUUGGUUCCAUGAGUCCCAUGAUCGGAAUGCUGGCUGUAUGACUGCAGCUGUCUUAUUUGGGUCUUACUUCAGCCCAGGCGUCCUGUGGGCCUGACGCUGCUGCCUCUGCCUGCCUGGGUCCUUCUGGGUUUGCCACAAUGGUGUCCGUCACAAUGGCAACUUCUGAAUGGAUUCAGUUUUUCAAAGAAGCUGGGAUUCCCCCAGGACCCGCCGUCAACUAUGCUGUCAUGUUUGUGGAUAACAGGAUCCAGAAGAACAUGCUGAUGGAUCUGAACAAGGAGAUCAUGAACGAGCUGGGCAUCACCAUCGUUGGGGACAUCAUUGCGAUCCUCAAACACGCCAAAGUGGUGUACAGGCAGGAAAUGUGCAAGGCAGCAACCGAGUCGGUGGCCUCCAGCCAAACCACCAUGCAGUCUGAGCUCCGCAGGAAUGCCAAUAGCCCUGCCGCCCGGAUGAUCGCAAACAGUCUGAGCCGGGACUCUCCACCGUCCACCCCCAUUCGGAGACCUGACACCAGCACCUCCAAAAUCUCCAUCACUGUGUCCAACAAAAUGGCGGCCAAGAAUGCCAAAUCAGCUCUCUGUGGUCCAGAUCCGGAAAACCCUGCCGUCCCCGUGAAACGCCGCCGCGUCACAGCAGAAAUGGAAGGGAAGUACAUUGUCCACAUGCCAAAGGGCACGACGCCCCGGACCAAGAAGAUUCUGGAGCAGCAGGCGGCAAAAGUUACAGGUUUACAGAGAACCUCUGUCUUUGACCGGCUGGGCGCAGAGACCAAUGCGGACACGACCACAGGAAAUAAGCCCACGGGAGUGUUCAGCCGGCUGGGCGGCGUGCGGGAGGCUGAGGAGGACAAGGUGAGCGAGAGCGACGACCCCGACGACGACGACCCCGACGAGAGCUCCAUCCUGCAGUAUGCCGGGGUGCUGAAGAGGGCCUGCAAGCCCGCCAGGGCCCCAGAGAGUGGCCCGCCCGGGGUGACGGUCAAGGCCAGGGCCACCAGCUCCGAGGCCCCCCCCCGCCAGCGCCUUGGCAGCCCCAGCACGGAGAAGACGCCCGCGUUGGGGCCCCCGGGCCGCGCUGCUAAGAGACUAGGCCAGCGCCCCCCGCCGGCUGAAGCCCAGGACAGCAGCAUCACCAGCUCCAGGAGCAAAGCGGAGUCCGACUUCUGGGUCACCAUCAAGAGAACUUUAGGGAGUGCCAAGGUAAGCAGCACCACAGAGGCCGCCCCCAGCGCUCAGAUGGACAACACGGGGACAGUCAGCGUUUUCAAGAGGCUGGGCAGAAAGGCCCUGUGAGGCUGCCCGGAGCGGCCGCAGCCGGAGUGGGGAGGCUGUCUUCUUAGCCCAGGCUGAUGGCCGUGACCGCUGGGCUGCUUGCACCUAGUCAGUCCUCCCAGCUCUGUGGGGGGUGAGGGAGCUCAGCCCCUCCCUCCCUCCCUCCCUCCCUCCCUGAGCCCCACAAUGGUGACCCUCCCAGUGGCAUUGGCUGGACACCCAGCUGGGCAGCAGCAGGAGAGGGAGGCGGCCUGGGCCGGCCCUGCCUAGAGCCGCCUCUGGGGGGGGGUGGGGGGAGCGUCUCUCGAGAGUCCGCCCAAGACCCCUUCCUUCCUGUGGUGAUCCUCCUCCCCCCCCUUGCUCUUUCCUAGGCGCUAGAGUCUUGAGGGGCUUCUGGCAAGAGACACGGCCUUGUGGGGUGCAGGAGAUGCCCCCCCCCCCGUUUCCUGAGCUCUCGCCUGCCCCUUCCAGGAACGGCAGCUGAACAGUUCUUGGCAAAGCCUUUUGCUGGGUGCCUGUGCCGGCUCCUUGUUCGGCCUGGCUUCGCUUUCCUUUAGGCCAGAGAGGAGCGCCUUUCUUGUCUGCCCUGGGCUCUUGUGUGUUGUAAGAGGGACGGGGCUCGGAGGGUGCUGCAGCGUCGGGAUUCCUGACUGGGCUGGGUCCGUCCUUCCUGCCGAAACGCCCAGAGCUGCACUGCCCUGCUUCUCCCCUCCUUCCUUCUUCUCUCCCCAGGGGUUUUCAGUUCAUUGCCCCUCCUGUGAACAAACCAAACGUGCAAAGGGACUGGCAGGUGGGUGGCUGCUCCUGGAGAGACCCCCCACCCCCCGAUGGGUCACAUAUUUGCCAUACUGAAGCUUGCACCACGAACAGAAUGGGUGGGUGGAUUCUGCCCAGCCGUGCACCAAGUAUUUAUUCAACUGGUUAUUUGGACGGAGGGCAGAGCCAGAGCCUGGCGGGCAGCUCUUGUUGCCCAAGUGCCCUGCUGCAGUGGGCCUGGCAAGGCGGCUGGGGACCCCCACGGUGGGGGAACCGCUUCUGCUUACCGCCAGCAGCUCAAGUUGCUCCUGCUGGAUGUGGGACUAGAGGGGGGGGGGUGAGGGACAGCAUGGAAGAACAGGGGUCUGCUCCUAUGAGUCUGGCCUCCAGCCCACCCCUGCCCCGAGAGAUCCCUUUGUGCGCCACAGUGGAGCGGGACCCUCUUGCCUGGGGCUGUCUGGCACUCUGGGUGGCGGGUGGGUGGAGGAGUUGGAUCCCCACCCUUCUGCACAUGCCUUUGUGCAUCAUGGCAGCUUAAUCUCCAAAGGACCCUUGCGGUGGUCCAUGGGUGUGUGCUCCCCUCAGUGGGCCUGUGUGAGGUGUGUGGAGGGGCAGCCAUGUGAGGGCUUAGCAGCAACUUUUCCCCUGGUGCAGGCAAGGGGAGAGAGGUGGCCACCCAUGUGCAGGAACAAGACACUGACCAGUCUUCCUGGGUGCAGGGCAAACAGAUUUGGGGACAGAGUGGCCCUAAGGUUACCUGGGAAGUGGGCCGCCACAAUUAGUGGUCACUGGGUAUGUGCCACUCCACAUCCCAGCAUGCACUGCUGGAGCCAUCUCCCCACAGUUGGUUUCUGAUUGGCCUCAAUUGGGGAGGCGGGGGGGGGACAUCCUUUCCAUGCCCUUUGGUGCCUUUGCACUUAAUUUAGUGUUCCAACCUGGACAUUUGCUGCAGUAGAGAGAAUGAUGUGAUAAAAUGGUUAAGGGGACAUGUUUUUCCCUUUGAAAAUAGAAAAACGGUCCUGUUUGACUUAAGUUUGGUUGACAAAAUUUAGGGAGAGUGGGAAGAGUUAAUAAAAUUAUCUAGUGUUUUUGAAGAAGCAGCCCUUUUGUAAAUGUGAGUGUAAUUUGGAUGCAGCCUUGCAGAUGUAGCCAGCUGUGCCCCAGAGAGGUUGAGGUUUGCAGUGCUGUGUCUGAGCUGCUCUGUGACCCUCCUGAACGUAGAAAGGGGGGGAGCGUUCUCUUGCAAUAAAAGUGUCCGUGGUCA